CUUCCUUGAGUUGGCCGAGGUGUCAUUUGUCAUUCAUUUUCAGAGUUAUUAUUCUAAAAGGAAACUAACUGCUUCCACGAAACAGAGAAGAAACCUCAAGAUGGAGGUUGUUCUUUCAAGAGACAGGAUCACCAAGCAACAGGUCGAUCUUAUUGUAAACUGUAUUCUGUCAGAUAUCGGAGCUGAACGACAAGGACACAUGGAGAUAUGCAUCACACCGCUAAACACGCGGUCACAUGAAAAAGAGGAAGUCGAUGUUAUUGUAAACUGUAUUCAGUCAGAUAAACAUUUGUCCGAUCGUGGUGUAUCUUCUAGAAGGACUGAUAUCGGAGAUGAACAACAAGGACACAUGGAGAUAUGUAGCACACCUCAAGUCGGUGCUAUUGUAAGCAGUAUUCUGUCAGAUAAACAGCUUGUCCGAUCGUGGUGUAUCUUCUAGAAGGACUGAUAUCAGUGUUGAACGACAACGAAGCAUGGAGACACCUCUACAGACGUUGUCACAUGGAGAAGAGGAAGUUAGUAUUGAUUACUAGUACUUAAUACACCACGACUGGUAUAUCAAAGGCCGAUUAUGAUCGAUUAUAAUCGAAAAUUGAUCGGAUUGGCUCUUACAAUGUGAUGUUUGAUUAUAAAAAUCCAUAAUUGGUUGUGUUGGAAAAUGUUAACUGUAACCGUUCCUCCAGUAUAGAUGAUAAAAUUGAUG